AUGACGGUGGAAGCUAAAGACUGCUCGAUUGUAUGGGACUGCCGCGGGCAGAAGCAAUGUUGGAACGACUGCAAGAACAAAUAUGGUGGAGAAGGACAGUGUGACAUCUCUACUGCUCCUGGAGUUCCUUCACAGUGCUUUUGUGCUUAUAAAUGUUGA